AUGAGGAAGACUCUGCGGAGGCCGCGACCGGAUAUGACGACACACGUGUUCGCUCUUCUCCGCCACCAUCCUCCUCCUCCUCAUCAGAAAAUGAAGAUGGGACUCGAGAUUCUCCUGAACGAUGAAGUGUUUGUGGAUUUCUUCAAUACAUAUUUAAGUCUUCCAGUGUUUGGUCAAACUCCGCUCUACAUGAUGAACCAAAACAAGUGGUUAAUGUGGCCCAAUGUGCCCUUCACUCAGGUGAACACUGGAGAGUUUCUGAAAUGGUUAGAGAUGCAUCGGAUGGUUUUCUUCAGACGAACUGAGCUCUAUCACUUUUUCCUUCUCUGUACAGAGAUCCUUGACUUUGUGUCCUGUAAAUCCACAGUGGAUUUGAAAUGGACUCCAGCAGAUCAGUGGCUUGUGAGGAAAUGUCUGGGCAGUGUGAGGGGAAUCCAGAGACUUCGCUCAUUUCUCAAGAGCUCUGAUGCAGAAGAGGAGCUUCUUCUGUUCUGCGUGAGAGCAUCCAUGAUCUUGAGGAUAAAGGAAGAAGAAACUGAAGAAGCGUUUCAGACAUUGAAUCGUCAAGCACUUCACACAGCGAUCAGACGGUAUGACGUGACUGCUCUCCUAUCGAGAGACUGUCCUCUGAUUUCCCAGAAGAGAGUUUUGGCAGAGAUGAGAACGAGCGCUUUGAAUCAGCUCCAGUCCUAUUGGCUUCCUCACUUCUUACACUGCUGUAAAUCCAGCAUGUGGCGAAUACCCGAAUGUCGACCUGUUGUAGAAAAAUACAUCUCCAUUUGCUCCCCAUCAUCUCGAUCACCUUCCUCAACAGAGCGCAAACAGAAAGACCCAGAUUUUACAGUCCAUCCAGCGAGAUCCUACGACAGCAAGCGCAGCAAACGACAUCUGUGGAGUUCACAACACAAACCCAAAAACACACACCAGUCUAAAAGCAUCUGUUUAUGGCUUCCACCAUCCGCUCAGACUAAUUUACAGUGUUCAAAUGUGGCACAUCCUCCAGAGGAGACUAAAAACAAAGCAGCUAUAGAGAGUGAUGAUGAUGCUAAUAUUCAUCACACAUGCAUCCAGACUCCAGCUUGUCAGAUUCCCUUUUGUGUUGAUAUUAAUUCACCUCCGUCAGAUAUCCAGUUUCUCCAGCCGGCUCUAUCCGCCGAGGGUCUUUCCGGAGGGCCCUUUAGGUAUUUCCUGGGAGCCCGGGAGCUGCUGGAGGAACGGCUGAUGCUGGAUUUGUUGGAAGAUCUGGAUUUCUUUCUUCUGCUGCUUCUGAAAGCACAGGGUGAAGAUCCAGUCUGUGCACUAAGACAGACAGCAGCUCGGCGGAUCACAGAGACGUACCUGAAGGAAAACAAGCCACGCUUUAUUAGACAUCUGGAUGCAGAGAUUAGACAAAAUCUGUCCUCGCUUCUGCCCUCCAGUGCAGCUCUGCCGUGGAUUUACAAGGCCAAAUAUCACUUAUGCAAGGAGCUCCGGGAGGUUUAUAACUCAUUUUUAGAUGCAGAUGAUGAAGCUCUGCUGUCUCUGCUGAGUUCAGACGGCAAUGGGCUUGAAGACUCUGUGCCGCUGCUGUUUUCUAGUUUCGGGACUGAAACAGAUGCUCUGUUGGCUCAGACCGAGGCGCUAAUGUUGUGUGAAGGAUGCUGCGCUCGUCUCGAUCCUGCAGAUCUGAAUCACGACAGCUGGACUUUAGUGGCUCUUCAGGAUCCGCACAGAGGAGGAUCACUUCUGCACAAGUACAACACAACCGCAGACGCACCCGAGGAGCCCAAACCCGCAUCAAUGACUGACACAACACAACCGGCUCAGGAUCCUCCCAAAUCUAAAACCACAGUUCCCGAGGUCCAGAUCAAAACAUAUAAGAAGGACAACAUUUUUAAUGAAAAGCCAACCACAAAACCCAGGUCGUUUGAAGAGGUCAUAACAUCGCAUACGUACUUCAAUCACUUCCUGCAGUUUCUGCAGACUCAAGGUGCAGACGGAGCCCUGCUCUUUAUCCAGGAUGCAGAAGCUUUGCGCAGCAUCGAACACAAGCGGCAGAAGGCCAAAAUAUGCCUCAUUGUUGACAAAUACUUCCGCAGAGAUGAUCCUGCUGAUUACCUGCAGUGCAGCGCUGACAUCAUCACCAGAGUCAGUCAGAUGGACAAAGUUUUUCCAGAGCUCAUCUACACCAUCCAGCAUCUGGUUGCCAAAUCCCUGGAGGCCACAUGGUUCAGACUGUAUCAGGACACAUUUUCUGUUUGUCCACAUGCUUCUGAAUCUGAUGAGGACAUUAAAGGACCUCUGCUGAUGGGAAAACUGAAAGCAAACGCAUGGGAGGUUUUCAUAAGCUUCAUUCGCAGUGUGAUCAAGUUUCAGUCCGGCAUGGUGAAUCGUGAGAUCAGAGCUGAGUUUGAAGACUAUCUGGUACAAAACUACGAGCACUACUCAACACCUUAUGUGGUAAGAUCCAAAGCCAAUCAUAGCUCCGAAUUAAGCACUGAUGGAGAAAAGUACAAACCCAAGAUACGGUGCAUCAUGGACAAACUGGUGACAGUGGACUUUCUGGUCAAUGACCUGUGUUUUUAUCUGGAGUGUGAGAGGUCAGGACCGUCCAGCAGAGGGCGCUCUACAUGCACUGCGAUAUAA